AAUUCAGAUGAUUCCGAAUUAUACAGUUUAUGUGCCGGAAGUUUUUUCUAAAUUUAUUUUCUGUUUGAAUGUUUAUCGGUAUUUAGCUAAACUUUGGUUUAUACCAAAUCUUCUGUGUAUAAAAAUAGUUUGAAAUUAUAAUUUUUUUUUUCUAAUUAAUCAAAAUGUUUUCUUCAACUGGGACAAGUGUUUUUCUUGUACUAGCAUUUAUUGCUUCAGCAAUAAUUGCGUUUCCAGCUAUCCUUCCUCCGAUUUCUGUAUCAAUUACCUCAACUGAUGUCGAUAAAGUUAAAGGACUUCCCCAAGGAGUUGAAUUGAUUCCUUUGAAUCAAGACUUAAGCACUGAAGGAAUAAUUCGAUACACAUUGGUCAUCAAAAACAUUUACAUUUCCGAUGAUAAACAACUUAGAAUGUCUUCAAGCUCAGUUGGUCCAAGUGAGAGUCCAUUCAACAUUCAGAUGCGUUUAGAAUACCAAUCUGAGACGACUUAUGUUCAAGUUGAUAUUAAACAAAACUCUACUGAUAGCCAAGCUUAUGCUGUGUCAAAUGGAAAGAGAGGAGGAAUUGAUGUCAUUGUAGUGGCUAACAAUACUUAUUAUUUUAACCAAACAACUACGAUUUAUGGAAUCAACAAAUAGUUGCAGCAAUUUAAUUUGUAAUGGUGUGGAAAUGGGAAUUACCAUUACUUUUUGGUCAUACAAAAUUAUUUGGAAUAAUCCCUCUGGAGAGUGGCCAAAAUAAUUCGCUACGUGCCAAGUUUGAAAUUGAUCGGUCCAUCCGUUAAGACCAAAGUUCCUUAUACAGAUAGACAGAAAGACGAACUUGCGAGACACACUUUAGUCGUGGUUUGCGUUGCUUUAUGACUUUUUAUCCCAAAAAAAUAAUGAA